AUGUCAUCCAGAGCAACGGGAAGCGAGCAGGCACCAGGGUCUCCUCCAGCGCCGUACACUUUAUCCUCGUUGCAGAUCGUCUCUUUGCUGCGCAUUUCCGGUGCCUUCGGGCUGUACGAGGUCGCGAAGGAAAUCCUCUCUUGUCUUGCUCGUCCCGCGAAACACGGCGCGAAUGUGGACCUUAUCGCUGAACUUGCCAAGGAGGUGACGUAUUGUGGCUUUACCGACUCGAGAGGACGCCGUAACCACGGCAACUACAAUCUUCAGAGGAGGCUGUUCACCGGCGGCAGUCGCGGCGCCUUUUGCGGCGUCAAUCGUGGUUGGAUUGAGGCUGCAUUUACACACAUUGCUACCCCUCCGUCCAGUCCCAUCUCCCCCGUCUCUCCCUUCCACUCCUCCCGCUCUUCCCGCACCUCCCGCUUUGCCUCUUCCCCAUCUGCCCCCUCCCUCCGUCCCCACCCAUUCCGCCGCUCCUUCCCCCCGCCCGCCCAGCAUCUGGAGCAGUCGCUGGCGGAAGCGCAGCUCCGCCUCGCGCAGGCGGAAGCGUUGCUGCGCGCGCAGGGGGUGGUUCCGCCAUGGGGGGGGGGAAGUGGGGAAGCGGAAGAAGGGGUGGAACAUGUGAAAAAGGAGGAGAGUGCGGGGGGUAAGUCUGGUAAGGGAAAUGAGGCGGUUCUUCAAGAUACUCGCGGGGAAAGGGACGAGGAGUUGGCUCAAGAGGCAGGGGAUGACGAUGGUGGGUGUGGAGGUGCAGGUGGUGCGGGUAGUGGGGGCGGUGGUGGUGGAGAUGAUUUACAGAGCGGCGGGAUGAGGGGAAAGGGAGGGAGGAAGGUUCGUGGGAAUGCGCUGGAGAACUUCAGGACUCGACACGUGGCGCUGCAGAUCAUGUACCUGGGGUCGAGGUACCUGGGCUUUGCAUCUCAAGGCGUCGUGGGGCCUACUGUAGAAGGCCGCUUAGUCUCAGCUCUUCUGCACACGAGACUCCUGAUCCCUGCCGCUGCUUCGCCUGCUUCCCCACAACCACCUUCGUCCGCCACUGAACCUGCCGCAUCUGCUACUAUCAUGAACAAUAGCAGAGAAAUGGAUUGGGAUGUGACUGUAGCGAGGGGUAACUGCACGGCACGUGAGCAGGGUGGAAAAGAUGUGACUGUACCGAAUGGUGGAAUGGAUGCUAAGCUGCAAAGGAAGCAGAAGAGAGCUGCGAGACAGAGAGGGUUGGAGGGUGCCUUUACUGAGUGUGAUCAUAACGAAGGUGGUGGUGCUGGGGCCAAGGGAGGUGUGACUAUAUUGAAAGACAUCAUGAAGGAUGGAGCAGCAGGAUACUCCAGAUGUGGGAGGACGGACCGAGGGGUGAACGCCAUUGGCCAGGUCGUUGCGCUUCAUCUGCGCUCCUCAGUUCGUCCACGUCAGCAGCACGCAGGAAUGACAGUGGCUGACGUCAAUCUUGAAGUUGCUGACUGUGCAACAGCUGCUGCCACCCCAGCGGACCCAACUGCCAGCCAGAGCAACGUCACCACUGGCAGCGUUGCUGCCGAUCUGUCAGCAGUUGAUGUGGCAAGGAGGUCUGAUGACGUGGCAAGGGAGUCUGCUGACGUGGCAGGCGAAAUUGACUACGUAGCAUCACUCAACAGAGCUCUUCCGGAUGACAUCCGUGUGCUGGCAUGGGCUCCUGCCCCUCCAGACUUCAGCGCCAGCCCAAGCAACACGAGCAAUUCUCCCCAACAUCCGUCAGUGUGGGUGCUGCAGGUGGUAGGGACGGCGUUCCUGUGGCACCAGAUUCGGUGUAUGAUGGCUGUGCUGCUCAUGGUGGGGCGCGGGCAGGAGCAACCCGAGGUGGUAUCAGAGCUACUAGCGGUGCACGGAGGGCCCUUCACCAGCAAGCCGCAAUACGCCCCAGCUGACCCCCACGGGCUCUGGGGCCAAGGCCAGCAAGCCACCCCGUGCCUGUCUGUGCCUGUUCAAACUCCUGUUCUGCUUAUCCAUCAGCCAGCUGCUCAAUGCAGCACUCAUCCGAUGCUCUUGCCCCCUCUCUCCAUUCCCCCACCCGCUUACCUGACCCUCCUCCUUCCCCCAUCUACCUGUCCCCUCUUCUCUGGACCGUCUCUCGCCCCCCUUCCCCACCAGACGCCAAGCGCCUGUUCUGCCCGUCCAUCCGCCAGCAGCUCUAUGCAGCGCUCAUCCGAUGAUCCAUGCCCCUUCUCUCAUUCCUCCACCUGCUUUUUUCCGCUCCUCCGUCCCCCACCAUUCCCCUCCCUACCAGACGCCAAGCGCCUGUUCUGCCAGUCCAUCCGCCAGCAGCUCAACUUAGCGCUCAUCCGAUGCUCCGUCUUGCAGUCUGCCCUUGACGUGGCAGAGUCUUCUGCUUGUGGUACUGCUGAUGCUUCACUAGGAGUGGGCUCGGCAGAGGAUGGGAGUGGGAAGGCGGAGAAGCAUAAGCAGCUGCCGCACAUCCCCCUGCACCGAAGGCCAAGAGAACGUGAGUGA